UACUAAUCCUGUAUGAGAGUACCAAAAAAUGUAAGCACCCCCACCCCUAAACAUCUUCCAGGGCCACUCUUGCAAGCCUCAGUGCAAUUGUUGGGGGUUGUUAUCAGGCGGAGGUGGAUGGAGUGUAGAGUAAUAUGACUCACACCCAGGAUGGCAAUGGUGUGGGGUUAGUGACUAUAAAAGAUGGACCAGUAGCAAACAGACCACAAGAAGCAUCACGGGAUAGUGAGGUACCUAAUGACAUCCUAUUGAAGUCUACAUUGACAAGAGAACGUGGACUCACUGAACAGCAUAGCAUCUCAGAACACACCUGCACCAGGACCACACACACUGUAGGGUAACUUUAGUUCAUCACUCUCACAAGGAAACCAGCUCUAAACUGAAAAUGCUACCAAAGCUUUCCUUUGUCAUCCUUGUGUGUGUUGGUACUUUGUUAAUGUGUACAAGCACUCAAAGCCUAUCGCGAGACAAUGGGAUGAAACUGUGCGGCAGAGAGUUCAUAAGAGCCGUUAUCUUCACGUGCGGCGGGUCCCGUUGGAAACGGUCCUUAGAUGAAGACUUGGAUCUCUUCCAUGCCAGCUCCCAUAGUGAUGUCAGAGAGGGCGAGGACAGCAGACUCAACUGGCCUCAAGGUCUGGACCAGGCCGCAGUAGCAGACCACCCUCUCCAGCUCUCCUCCUCAUCCCCUACCUCCCUGGCUGAACUUCUCUCACUCCUGGGUGGAGUGGGAGACCAUAGGGGGUCCGUGGCCAACCUCGACCCCAGUGAAGAGCUCCAGAAUCAUGCAUCGGUGUUGGGAGGAGUGGGGGGAGCCAGAGAGCUGGCCAGGAGCCCAAGCAUCAAUUGGCAACGCCGCAACAGGCGAAAGAGCAACUUUUCCUUGGGCGUAGCUGGCAUGUGCUGCAACCAGGGUUGCACUAAGAAUGACAUUGGGCGUUUGUGCUGAGACUGGGGCAGUGGGCAACAGGAUGGUGGAGGUAGAGCUGCGCUAGCCUGGGUUUAUCUGACCACACACCUCUCUGUGUUAUUGGAGUGUGGGUGAAAGGUUAGCUGUUUUCUUUUCAGUGUUUGACUAGGUUGUUGAUGGGAGAAAUUUCAACACAGGCUGGCUCAGGGGUUCCCAAACUCGGUCCUCAGGACCCCAAGGAGUGCACGUUUGGGUUUUACCCUGGCACUACACAGCUAAUUCCAAUAAUCAUCAAGCUGGAUCAUUCAAAAUCAGCUGUGUAGUGGUUAGGGCAAAAAACUAAAUGUGCACUCCUUGGGGUCCCAAGGACCAGGUUUGGGAACGCCGGGCUAGCUGUUUAAAUGGCUUUGUAUGCUUUUCUGUAUAAUGUGCAAGGCAAAUAGUUUGCAUGUGUUAUUGCUCAAAUGUUGUUUCAUCAUUAAAUGAAUUACUGAAGCAAGAGCACUUAUGCACUUCCCUGAGAAAUACAAUUGUUUGAAUGACUUAAAAUGCAUCCCCACCAAGAAUACCCCAUCGAAAUACUGUGAACAUAUGUUAAGUGUAUGUAAAUGUACAACUCAUUGAACAUCAAUAUAAAGUCUAUUUUGGAAAUCA